AUGCCUCGCAAAGCGAUCGACUCGCGCAUUCCCGCGCUGAUACGCAAUGGCAUUCAAGAGAAGAAGCGCAGUUUCUUCGUCGUCGUCGGCGACCGAGCCAAAGAUGUCAUUGUCCACCUUCACUAUAUCAUGUCCUCCGUGGACGUCAAGCAGAACAAGUCGGUGUUAUGGGCUUACAAAAAAGACCUCCUAGGCUUUACCAGUCACCGGAAGAAGCGAGAAACCAGAAUCAAGAAGGAAAUCAAGAGAGGCAUUCGGGAUGCGAACACCGAAGACCCUUUCGAACUCUUCAUUACCUUGCACAACAUCCGCUAUGUCUACUACAAAGAGACGGAAAAGAUCCUAGGUAACACAUAUGGCAUGUGUAUUUUGCAGGAUUUCGAAGCCAUCACUCCGAACCUUCUUGCGAGGACAAUAGAGACGGUCGAAGGCGGCGGUUUGGUUAUCCUCCUCUUGAAGGGAAUGAAGAGCUUGAAGCAGCUCUACACUAUGUCCAUGGACGUCCAUUCGAGAUACCGGACGGAGGCACAUGAUGAUGUUGUGGCAAGAUUCAAUGAACGGUUCAUUCUCUCGCUCGGAAGUUGCGAGUCGUGUCUUGUGGUGGACGAUGAGUUGAAUGUCCUACCUAUAUCCGGAGGGAAAAAUGUUCAGGCUCUGCCACCACCGUCCACAGAAGCUGAAAGCACGUUACCCUCCAAGAAGGAAUUGAAAGAGAUCAAGGACAGUCUGGCCGACAGUCAGCCUGUGGGAUCUCUUGUCACUUUGGCGAAGACUGUGGAUCAAGCCAAAGCACUCCUCACCUUUGUGGAUGCCAUUUCUGAGAAGACACUACGGAGCACAGUCACUUUAACAGCCGCUCGAGGUCGAGGAAAGUCCGCUGCACUAGGUGUCGCCGUGGCUGCAGCGAUAGCACAUGGGUACAGCAAUAUCUUUGUCACCUCGCCCAGUCCCGAAAACUUGAAAACCUUCUUCGAAUUCGUCAUCAAAGGCUUCGAUGCCCUCGAGUAUAUGGAUCACGUGGAUUACACCAUUCUGCAAUCCACCAACCCGGACUACAACAAAGCCAUUGUCCGGAUCAACGUCCACCGACAACAUCGACAGACCAUCCAGUACAUCCAACCCCAAGAUGCGCAUGUCUUGGGUCAGGCUGAACUGGUAGUCAUAGAUGAGGCCGCGGCAAUUCCUUUACCGUUAGUCCGGAAGCUGAUGGGUCCGUAUCUGGUGUUUAUGGCCUCCACCAUCAACGGCUAUGAAGGCACUGGGCGCUCGCUGUCAUUAAAACUCAUUCAACAACUGCGCGAACAGUCACGAGGCGGAGCCAAGUCCAGCGGCGAUGAUCUCGAGGUUGCUGACAAGGCCACGGGCAAGGCAACCAAGGAUGGCCAGAAGGUGUACACUGGAGGACGGUCUCUAAGAGAGAUCACUCUUUCCGAGCCCAUUCGGUACGGCCCUGGGGACGCCGUGGAGAAAUGGCUCAACCGACUUCUGUGCUUGGAUGCGACACUACCAAAGUCGAAAAUGAACACUCAGGGCACGCCCCAUCCCUCGACCUGCGAACUUGUCCAUGUCAACCGCGACACCCUCUUCUCAUUCCACCCCGUUUCAGAAAAGUUCCUGCAGCAAAUGAUGGCACUGUAUGUGGCCUCUCACUACAAGAAUUCCCCCAACGACCUCCAAUUAAUGUCCGAUGCUCCCGCGCAUCAGCUCUUCGUACUCAUCCCUCCUAUUCCGGAGGAUGCCAAUAAACUUCCCGAACCACUCUGUGUCAUUCAAGUCGCCCUUGAAGGACGGAUCAGCAAGAAGUCGGUUCUUAACAGUCUAUCCCGCGGUCAAAGAGCUGGAGGAGAUCUGAUUCCGUGGCUGGUCAGUCAGCAAUUCCAGGAUUCGGAAUUUGCAGGACUGUCAGGAAGCCGGGUUGUGCGUAUAGCCACGAACCCGGAAUAUCUGAACAUGGGUUAUGGGUCGAGAGCGCUGCAGCUCCUGGCAGACUUCUACGAAGGCAAGUUCGCCUCGUUAUCCGAGGCCGAGGAGUCCACGAUCGAAGAUGUGGAGCAUAUGCCGCGGGUGACGGAUGCCGAGCUCGAGGAAUCCAACCUGCUCGACGACAACAUCAAAGUCCGGGAUAUUCAGCAGAUGCCACCGCUCUUUAGCAAGCUCUCCGAACGACGCCCGGACAGACUGGACUACCUGGGUGUAUCAUUCGGUCUGACACAGCCACUGCACAAGUUCUGGAAAAGGCUGUCUUUCGCGCCCGUCUAUCUUCGUCAAACAGCCAACGAAUUGACCGGCGAACAUUCCUGCGUCAUGCUCCGACCUCUCUCCUCCAACAACGGCACCGACAGCUCCUGGCUCAGCGCGUACGCGCAAGACUUCCACAAAAGAUUCCUGACUCUCUUGUCCUACCAAUUCCGCACGUUCGCCUCUGUGCAGGCCCUCUCGAUCUCCGAAUCCGCUUCACGAGCCACGACGAACUCGAACUCGAACUCCUCUUCCAGCGACGCCACGUUCAACGCCGCCCCUCUCACCAAACACGACUUGGACUCUCUUUUCUCGCCGUUCGAUCUGGCCCGUCUGGAAUCGUAUGCGAACAACAUGCUCGACUACCAUGUGAUCUUGGACAUGAUGCCGGCGAUCGCCUAUCUUUACUUCACCGGCCGCCUGAAGCUGCCUCCUUGCAACGUCAGCCUCUCCGGCGUGCAGCAAAGCAUUCUUCUCGCGAUCGGACUGCAGCGCAAAGACCUGAGCGAUGUGGAGCGAGAGUUGAAUCUACCCAGCAAUCAGCUCCUAGCCAUGUUCGUGAAAGUGGUGAGGAAAGUCAGCACAGCGUUCCGAGCAGUCAUCUCUGGCGCCGUGGAGGAGAGCCUGUCCGAGAAGAAAGACGCCGAACUCAACAGUGCAGCCGAACCCAGGACCAGCAGCCGCGUCGUUCCACCUCGAACAGUCGAUGCGGACGUCAAUGGAAACGACGAUGAGGUGAAUAUGGAGGUCGAUCCAGAACUGAAAGAGAAGCAGCGCGCCCUUAUUGAUGCUUUACCUCUUGACAAGUACGAAAUAACACCCUCCACAACCGACGACAAAGCAUGGGAAGAAGCCGAGCGUCAAGUCCGCGAAGCCGGGACAAGCACCACCGUCAGCGUCAAGAGCCUGAAAAAGAAACGCAAAGCCGACGACUCGUUAGCCAACGGUCACGGCGGUGAAGACAAUCAUGACAUGGACAAUGACGGUGCUGGAGAUGGCGAUGGAGAAACGCCUCAGCGGAAGAAAGGGAAAAAGGACAAGGAUAAAGACAAGGACAAGAAGAAGAACAAGGAUAAAGAUAGGUCGAAGAAGCAUCGUCAUGCUUAG